AUGCCUCCUCCAACAUCUGUGCCAACACCGGCGGUUACUCCUGCCGCCAGCGACCUCUGCAAUGGCCUCUACGAAGACCUCUGCUUCUCCAUCUUCAGUCUCUGGCUCUUCCAACUCGACAGUCUCAACGACGGCCGUUGUGAUAAUCGCCGUGUGCAUCACAGUGGUCAUAUGUGGGAUUGUAGCGUCUUUGUUUCUGUGGUGGCGGAGACGUUCGCAACCUCAGCAUCCGAGCGGUCCAAACUCAGAUGCUCCCAGUUCUAUCGCUCUGACCCCGGAAUCACCAGUACCGAACGCUCCGGAUUUGCAACCUUUACACUCGAAUGUCCCAGCCCAAGUCAUGUCACCAACAGCUGUCUCGACUUCGGACCGUAUGCGACAUGUGAGCAUGCAAAGCUCAAUGUGGAAUACGAUGCCGCCUUCACCGCCACCAGCUGGCCCCCUUCCUUAUCAUAUCAGCAAGUCCUUAUUCGAUCACCAAGAUGA